AUGUCUGUUCUGAUGUUUGACAUUAAGAGUAAAGUGGCAUUGGUUACAGGAGCUAACAGAGGAAUUGGGUUAGCCAUUGCUGAAGCAUAUGUGGAAUCAAGUUGCCAUGUGAUAAUGAUCCAUAGACCAGAGACUGAUCCCAGUGAAGCUGUUUCUAGAUUGGAAGGCAAAAGAAGACAAGGAGAACACACUGAAAUUAUAACUUUACCAUUUAAUCUUAACUCUGUAUCACAAGAAUCAGUUGAGAAGUUAACUAGUCUUGCCUUGGAUAAAUCUCCAACGAAGAGAAUUGAUAUACUUGUAAAUAAUGCAGCAGUGGCCAAAGCGAUACUUGCUCAAGAUUUGUCAAUGAAAGAUUACGACGAAAUCAUGACUGUAAACUUGAAAGCCCCCUUAUUAUUUCUGAAGGUUGUAGGUAAACAUAUGAUUGACAGGUAUGAGAAUCAUGAUGACAGCUAUAGAGGGAAGAUUAUUAACAUUUCAUCCAUAAUGGCUUACACGGCCAUGACCCAUUCCACAGCUUAUACUGUGGCCAAGUCCGGACUACACAAUCUUACCAAAUCGCUUUCAAAUGAGUGGUCUUUGAAGGGUAUCAAUGUCAACGUAAUUGCACCGGGUCCAACGGACACAGAUAUGAUUAAAAGAAUUCAAAGGGAGAGAAGGAGUAAUGGAGAAGAAACAAGCUCGAAUACCACCAUUGCAAGCAGUAAAAUUCCAUUUGGCAGAAAAGCAGAUCCAGAGGAUUAUAAGGGAACUAUUAUAUACUUGUCCUCCAGGGCAAGUGACUAUGUCUGCGGCAGUGUUGUGGUAGUUGAUGGUGGUUACAUGGGUUGA